GGUCGUGGCUCCUCAACUUCCUCUGAAAACAACACCACAUGUGUGAAGGGAAUGAAUGGGUAGCUGUCGGCGCUGUCCACAUGCAAAUUCAACGGCAUUAAGAGCACUAUUUAUCGUUUACUCAUCAACGUUUGUGUUCUUUUAAAACUCCAAAGUACGCCACUUCUGGAGAAGAUUGACGGUGCUCAACAUGAGUUUUGUGGAGUACUCAGACUUCAUUCAGGAUGGAGACGUCGCCACCGUCUACAUGGGCCAUGAAUCCAUGAUUGCAGUCAAGGUGCAGCAGGGCGCCCAAACGCAGACGCGCUACGGUGUCCUUCGCCACUCCACAGACCUGAUCGGUCAGCGCUAUGGGUCGAAGGUCACCUGCAGCAAAGGCCGAUGGGUGUACGUGCUUCACCCCACACCUGAGCUGUGGACGGUCACCCUGCCGCACCGCACGCAGAUCCUCUACACUACCGACAUCGCCACCAUCACCAUGAUGCUGGAGCUGAAGCCCGGGUCCUUCGUCUGCGAAUCAGGCACGGGUAGCGGCUCCCUCGCCCACGCCAUCCUGCGCACCAUCGCCCCCACAGGUCACCUGCACACGGUGGAGUUCCACCAGCAGCGGGCGGAGAAGGUGGCGGAGGAGUUCAAGGAGCACCGCGUGGAUCACCUGGUCACCGUCAGGAACCAGGACGUGUGCAAGGACGGCUUCGGAGUGACCGGGGUGGCGGACGCCGUCUUCCUGGACAUCCCCAGCCCCUGGGAGGCAGUGAGACACGCCAAGGCUGCUAUGAAGAAACAAGGAGGUCGGGUGUGUUCCUUCUCUCCGUGCAUCGAGCAGGUUCAGAAGACGUGCGAGGCGUUGUCGGAUCAGGGUUUUGAGGAGCUCAGCACCAUUGAGGUCCUGCUGAGAGUCCACGACGUGCGAACAGUCUACCUGUCGCUGCCAGACUUCGGCCCCGACUCCCCCGCUCAGGCUCAGCCCGACGCUGCGGUGAAGACUCCUCCGAGCCACGCCCCCAUCGCCUUGAAGACCACCACCCUGCCCAGAGACAUACCCGGUCACACAGGGUACCUCACCUUCGCUACCAAACCAAGAACCUAAAGUGAUUUCUCUUUAUUUUCACCUCCAGUAAACAGGACGUGGGUUAUAAUCCGGGCGCUUUGCCUCGCUCCAGUGCAUUUUCCAUGCACAUUAAUAAGACUGAUAAUCCAGCCGGGGCGCCAGGCUCCUCCAGGUCCCGGCUGGCGCUGCAGCACCAAGAGGAUUUACAGUUUUGUGUUACAUAAUUUUAUCCUCCUGUCACUUGGCACCGGUUUGUUGCUUGCAUCAAGCAAGAGUGAAAAUCAAGUCGAUUUCAUUUGAGAAGAAUGAACUUUGUCUGUUUUUAUAUAAAAAAUAAUCAUCACUUUUAAUUAAUUCUUUAAUUUGUUGGGGGAAGAAUCCUUUUUAUUUUAUUUUUUGCACUUUUGUAUUCAAGUAAAUACAAUAAAUGUGUGAAAAGAU